UACUGGUUCAUAAUUUGGAUUCGUUCACCUCAGCUGACACAUUCAACAGCAGACAGGUUUUUGUCACAGUCUCAUUCACUGUGGGAGGAAAAUGGUACGACAUCUUUGGCUCUGGAACUAAACUUUGAGCAGGUAGUGAAGCCCGUGGUGAGCGUGUACCCAGCAGCCAACCUGGAGGGGAAGAGCUCCCUGCUGUGUCUGGCCUCAGCCAUGUCUCCUCCUCUGGUCCAGUUCUCCUGGAAAAGACAGAAGAAGAACGGCCCGCUGGAGGAUCUGCCCCUUGCUGAGGGAGAGCAGCUGGAGCUCAGAGAGCCGGGACGCACCGUCGCCAUCAGAGUGGUUGAUCAGGAUGCUCUCUACACGUAUAAAUACCGCUGCUACGUCAAGCACGAGGGGGAAACAGUGGAGGCCCAAACAGAACAAGAGCUUCCAGCUCCAGCAGCCUCCUGUCCUCCAGAGAGAGAGCCAGCAGACCUGCCAGCUCUGCAGCAAGCUGACUUGUCCUUCCAGUCUCAGUACCAGGUGAAGCUGCUCUGUGUGCUGUACACAGUGCUGAUAGUGAAGAGUCUGGUGUACUGCUGUGGACUCUCUCUGCUGAUGAUCCUCAGAAACAAGGGACCGUCCACCAACUGCACACAUGCUGACUGACUGUUUUCUGCUCGCCUUUUCUCACCAUCACAUCUCAACAAUUCAUCUCAUUUAUCACUUUGAUCAGUGUUCACAAAUGUCACUUAUGACGUGUUGUGGUUGGUUUUAAUUUUUCUCUCUUUAUGCACAAGUUAGAUACAGUUGUGCUAAAUACAUAAAUACAUAUAUACACAUAUAUAUUUACAAAUUAAACCUUAACAGUUACUUUUUUAGCUCAGGUUUGUUUUGUUUCCUCCUUUUAACUUUGACUUGUAU